AACCAGAGAGUUAAGUUUCAACACAAAAAAAGUUAUAUUCUCAACUAAAUUGGUCUUUAUCACUGUCAAAACUAGGCUCCCAUUCAAUUAUAAAUUUCUCUGGGCGUGACUCAGUUUCGUGCCACUUCGACGUCAUCCCUCUUAAUCGCCUGCCUUCUUGACACGUAGUGGUAGCGGAAGGUCUUGAAAGACACCCAAACGAACCACAUUGAGAACCAGCGCGACACUCCCCUAUUCUUCUACCUUCACGACCAAACGCAAAAAUGAUCAGCUCCACGCAAAUAUCAAGGCUUGAUGGCCUUAUGCUCUGCGCCUCGGUCGACGAUGAACAGACCGAGUCUACCCUCGUAGAGACCAAGCAGAACGUGCGCCAAGUUCUCCGCAAACUCACCCGUAACUCCGAGUCCCAAGCCUCCAUCGAGACGCCCAACCACACGCUGCACUACCUCAUCGACUCGGACAUCGUCUUCCUCGCCAUCUGCGCUCCCUCGUACCCUCGGAAGCUCGCCUUUACCUACCUGGCCGAUCUCGCCCGCGAGUUCACCACCAACUACCCAGCCUCCCAAGUGCACAACCCUGCUCUGCGACCGUACGCUUUUAUGGAAUUCGACACCUUUAUCUCCAAGACGAAAACCACUUAUGCCGACUCUCGUGCCACGGCCAACCUCGACAAGCUCAAUGACGAGCUGCGCGAUGUCACAAAGGUCAUGACCAAGAACAUUGAGGAUUUGCUGUAUCGUGGAGAUAACCUGGAGCGCAUGGGCGAGAUCAGCUCGAGGCUGCGAGAUGACAGCAAAAAGUACCGACGGGCUGCCGUGCGCAUCAACUGGGAGCUUCUGCUUAAGCAGUAUGGUCCCUUUGGCGCUCUUGGCUUCAUCAUCAUCUUUUUCCUGUAUUGGCGAUUCUUUUAAGAAAUGCAAGCGAGCUAGUUCUGUUUAUACAAACCUAAUAUCUGUGUCUGUAUGAUACAACUGUCUUCAUUCUCUUAGUUUUAAGGUUGUGCUAAUCAUAUCAGGCGCAUAUUAAACGA